GUGUUAAGUUCAAUAUAAUGAGCAUAACGAUAUCAUCAGUUCGUCCUAGGACGAGUAUAUUAGACAAAUCUUUAAGCCGAGGCAGGGGUGAGGUUAGCUUGAGUUGCUUCGCAUUGUUGUUUUCAGAACUAGUGCAGUAUUGUCAGAAUCGUGUAUAUACAGUUCCAGAACUGCAAAACAAGCUUGCUGACAUGGGGCAGGAAGUGGGUGUAAAGGUGAUUGAUCUUCUCUUUGUUCGAGAGAGGAACUGUAAACGUGAGAUAAAGUUGUUAAAUAUGCUUCUAUUCAUUAAAUCUACACUCUGGAAGUCACUGUUUGGAAGGGAAGCUGACAAGCUGGAACAUGCCAAUGAUGACGAAAGAACGUAUUAUAUUAUUGAAAAAGAGCCUUUGGUGAAUAAAUUUAUUUCUGUACCCAAAGAUAAAGGAAGUCUGAAUUGUUCUGUAUUCACAGCUGGUAUAAUUGAAGCUGUUCUUAAUGGAUGUGGAUUUCCUGCUAAGGUAACUGCCCAUUGGCAUAAAGGAACCACAUACAUGGUUAAAUUUGAAGAUUCUGUGAUUGCAAGGGACAAGCAGCUGGAAGACAGAUAAUUAUAGCAAGCUUAAAGAAAUAACAAAUGCCUGCGAUCUCAGUGGAUACUACAUUUAUAUUUCCAUUUAAAUACCUGCAUAAACACUAAAAUCUUGUUUGGAAGUGAGAACAGUUGUAUGAUGGUAAAAUAUAUCAGAUAUAAAAUUAAAAUACUUUUUACUGUGGUACAUAAUGUAUCACUGAAUCCAUCCAUAAUCCUUCCUGUUACUAUAUUUUUAUUGAGCGACUGUAUGAUUUAUGUGUAAAUUUAAAAGAUAUACACAGCCACUUAAGGCUGUUUUUACUUAAUGUCCUAGAUUAUCCAGGAUAGAAUAAUUAAGAAAAAUUUAGUAUCAAAAUUUGGUGUAUAUCCUGUUUUCAACUUUGGUUUUCUGUUUUUGAAAUCUGGGGAGAGGGGUAGAUGCCUAACUUGCCCUUCCCUGCCAGCACCCAUUAGACUUUUUUAUCAGCCUUAACCGUGAAGAGUAGCUACAGUUUCAUUUUCUGAAUUUGAAGACACUAACACAAAUAUUUGCACAACAUUUAUAAUGGAUACUUCAGCUGCA